UUGCAUCCCAGUUUCUUAUUAGACUAUUGAUAAAUACAAACAAGAAUUGGCCAGCAAAAUAAAUUUCUAAUUCAAUUAAGUUAAUUGCAACUCAAAAUGAACAUAAACCUGUCAAAUUUCAACAUGAAGAGCCUGGUGAAAGAGGCGGGCAGCACAAUAUCGCGCGUGGUGCAGCUCACCGAGGAGAAAUUGGGCACCACCGAGCGCACCGAAUACGAUAUACACUUUCAAAAUCUGGCCGAACGCGCCGAUGUCACCAAAUCAUGGACUGAGAAAAUAGUGCGCGACACCGAAUCGGUGCUCAUACCCAAUCCACAGAAUCGUGUUGAGGACUAUAUUUUCGAAAAGAUUGAGAAAACGAAGCCGAAGCGCUUAAGCAAUCUGGAGCACCUGGCGCUGGACAUGAUCGAGGCCGGCGGCGACUUUGGCCAGGACCUGCCCUACGGCCAGGCGCUCAUCAAAGUGGGCCAGGCGGAGCAGAAGCUGGGCCAGUGCGAACAUGACUUCAUAGCCACAUCGGGUAUUUGCUUCACGCAACCGUUGCGCAAGUUCCUCGAGGGCGAAAUGAAGACCAUUAGCAAGGAGCGCGGGCUGYUGGAGACCAAGCGCUUGGACCUGGAUGCGUGCAAGAACCGGGUGAAGAAGGCGCGCAGCAUGCUGGGCCAGCAGUCGAAAGAUGGCAUUUCGCCAGAAGCUGCCUUGGAACAGGCGGAGCGCGAUCUGCGCGUGGCUCAGGCCGAGUUCGACAGGCAGGCGGAGAUCACCAAGCUGUUGCUGGACGGGAUUAGCACCUCGCAGGCGUCGCACUUGCGUCAUCUGCACGCCUUCGUGCAGACGCAGGUGCGAUACUACAAGCAAUGCGGCGACGUUAUGGACCAGCUGCAGCGCGAGUUGGCCAAAAUGCAGCCAGCGAAGCCUCGCCUGCGCAUCAAUAGCGAAGAUGUGGACGGGCCUCCCAGCAUUGCUUCGGCGCAUUCAUGUGAUUCCAGUGAAGCCAGUUCCAUUGCACUGGCCAAGGCCAUAGAUAGCGAUUACGAUUUUGAUAAUGGGCAGGAUAUUGAUAUUGAUAUUGAGUCGGGCUUUAAGAGYAUUGACAUUGGUCCGGUCAAGGCGCUCACCCAUCUGCUGGAAGACUUUGAGAUAGAGUUCGAUACGAGCGCCAUAAGCACAGUCAUCUUUGUUACCGAAUGCUCGCCGGUCAAUGAGGAUUACAUGUACGGUAAGCAGGGUCUGAUGAAGGGCUUGGUCCCGCGCGCCUUUGUCGAAAUGCUCGAUGAGGAACAGAAGGACGACUACUAAUUGGCCCAUUGAUGAGGAAUGAAAGAAAAGCGAAAAGACAAACGAAAUCUAUUCAAAGCAAAAUUAACUCAUUAAUACUCAUUUAGAGCAAAGGCAAUUGCAAAGGGACAAUUACAUACAUAGUUCAUACAUAUGCAAGAGAGUACAAUAAUUUAUCAGAAUAUACACAUAUAUACAAACAUAUUAUAGUAGAGAGCAAUGCGCCCUAGCUUAACGUCCGUGUCGAUUGGAUACGUGUGCCUCGUGUUAGCCACAUAAAAUGCAUUCCGCAGCGCACCAGCAUUUAGAUACCUUUACGUAGCUAGUUGCCCCAUCCCGAUCCGCCCAUCACCAUCCUGUUCCUUGCUCAGCUUUUAAUCAAAUAUUUCAAUGUCUAUAUACAUACAUAUAUAUACACACAUAUAUGUAUAUAUAUAUUUAUUAAUACCAAUUUGGCUAACAAAAUAUCUCUUAAAUAAUGCAACUCAAUUGUUUUUACAAAAUUCCUAAAAUCUCAAUUAACAACAUCAAGAAUAUUUGUUACUUAUUAAAUACGUAUAUAUCUUAUAAAGUGCGAAAAGGAACAUGUUAAAGAAAAUUUCCAAACAUUUAUUGUUGUUGCUAAACACGAAGCCUUUAACUACUA